AUGAAGGCCCUGCGAGAUCUGCUGCGCUCCAUGUGCACCGCAGCGUGGCGGAGUCGCCGGCAGCCCGCCGUGCCGUUGCCGUGGCCGCGGGCCGCGCGCGUCUCCGCGAGCCGCGCCGUGGCCCGCGGGCUCGCGCGGUCGGAGAGCUGUGCCGCACCGCGGAAGUGCGCGCACUGCAAGGACAGGAUGAGCAGGUUCGAGCACCCCAUGGUGCAGGAGGAGCGGCGGAGCAGGGCGGGCCGCCGGCGCAGCACGGCGCGGCGGCGGAGCAGCUCCGACAAGGGGGGCAGGAUGGCGCCCCGCGCGACGAGCAAGGGCGCCGGCGCCAUCAACGCGCUCUACCUCCAGGGCGGGGGCGCCUACAUGGUGCCCUCGUCGAACAGGCGCAACAGUACCAGCCGGGCAAGAGUCAGCAUUGACCCCAAGGCGAUCCGGAACCUGGAGAUCUACGGGAGGCAGGCGCGGAUCCGGCAGGUCGAGAAGUUCACGCCCGAGAUGGUGGAGGAGGUGAAGGACCUGUUCUCGAGGUUUGACAAGAGCGGGGACAACGAACUGGACCGCGCCGAGUUCGGGCCCCUCAUGCGCAUGCUGGGGCCAGGUUGUUCUGGCUGGGAUUGGUUCAAGACCAGGUUGGCCUUACACGCAGGCUCUGACCACUGCAUUCUUCAUGCGCGCCGCGGUGCCCAGCUGCCCGGACUGCUGGUGCAGCCGCUCCGCUCCGCUCUGCACCGCACGCGCCCUGGCGGCGAGAAAGGCCUCCCGGCCGCCGCGACCCCAGGCUGCCCGGGGCAGCAGCUGGCCUGGGUGGCCGUGCUUUCGCUGCUCUUGGGCGUCGCGCUCGGGGCGACUGCCGUCGCGUGGGGCCCGCGGCCCCGCUCCCGAGCGUUGGGAACGCCCGCGGUGCCGGCCGGGGCGCCAGCAGCUGCGGCGGGUGACGACCUCACCCUCCUCGCGCUGGAGCAGGCGAAGGCGUUCCGCAAGAGGCCCGCGGACUUCGACCAGUACAGGGAGAUGAUGAUCCCGGGCGCGGACGUGCAGGAUAUCCACAUCGUGCACGGGCAAGCCGGGCCCUUCAUCCUGACUGCGUCGGCGGUGAACUGCGCAGGAGCCCUGGCUGGCAACGUGGAGCUGGCGGACCCUGCGAUCGCCGCCCCGCCCCUGGCCGCCCCAACGCCUGCCCUCCUCGCGGCGGCAACGCCUGGAGCCUUGGCGUUCCCUGGAGCGGCGGCGCCCGCGGCGGCCGGCGGCCUGGCUGCUCCCAGGGUCCUGGCCGUGGUCCCUGCCGUCGGAGGCGCGCCGCCGGCGGUGGCUGCUGCGCCUGCAGUGCGGGCGCCCGCGGUGCCAGACGCGCCGGCUGAGGCGCCGCAGACGAGCGGGGAACCAGCCGCGGUGUGGCACUGGGUGGAUGCGGAGGACGUCGACGGCGCCGUGGCAUUCGGGGCGAAAGUGGCCGUCGGCGUGCCGUGCGGGGCGACGUUGGCGGGCCGCGCGGGGUGCCGUGGGCUGUUGUCGCUACCGGGGUGCGCCGGGGCCGGCGUGGUGGUGCUGCGGGACAGCGAUACCGCAUGGACGGCGAAGUGGUGCGCUAAGUACCAGGUGAAGGAGGGAGGCCCCGUCCUGCAUCAUGAAAUGUGGAAGGCAGAGCGGAAGCUGAACUCGACCGACUUCGGGGUAGACAUACACGAGACGAUAUCGAAUCUGAUCGAGGCGAUGGGGUCGAACAGCCACCUGGAGGUGUACAACCUGGCGAGCGCGGAGCUCGGCUACAGGAGGCUUCAGCUCAUCGAGCACUACUGUGGCGGCAGGAGCGCAGAGCAGCAGUAG